AUGAAGCUCCUACUGGUUGCUGCUGCUGUACUGACUGUGGCCAGCUGUGCCAGCGUUUCUUUGGAGGACCUGGAGUUCCACACCUGGAAAUUAAAGUUUGAAAAGUCCUUUAACUCUCCUUCAGAGGAAGCUUACCGCAGGAAAAUCUGGCUUAAUAACCGCAGACUGGUGCUGAUGCACAACAUCAUGGCAGAUCAGGGCAUGAAGUCCUACCACCUUGGCAUGACCUACUUUGCUGACAUGGAAAAUGAAGAGUACAAACACUUGAUUUCCCAGGGCUGUCUGGACUUCUUCAAUGCCUCUCUGCCUCGCAGAGGCUCUGCCUUCCUCAGGCUGCAGCAGGGAGCUGAUCUGCCCAACUCUGUUGACUGGAGGGACAAGGGAUAUGUCACUCACGUCAUGGAUCAGAAGAAGUGUGGCUCCUGCUGGGCCUUCAGUGCAACUGGCUCAGUGGAGGGUCAGCACUUCAGGAAGACAGGGAAGCUGGUGCCUCUCAGCAAGCAACAGCUGGUUGACUGCUCUGGUGAAUAUGGCAACAAGGGCUGUAAUGGUGGCCGGAUGGAUAAUUCUUUCAGGUACAUCAUAGACAACGGAGGAAUAGAAAAAGAAGAUUCCUACCCUUAUGAGGCCAAGGAUGGGCCGUGCUGUUACAACCCUGCCAAGAUAGGUGCCACGUGCACAGGUUACGUUAAAGUGAAAAAGGGUGAUGAAGAUGCCCUGAAGGAGGCUGUGGCCAGUGUUGGACCUGUGUCAGUUGGCAUUGAUGCUUCUCAUAUAUCCUUCCAGCUCUAUAAAUCAGGGGUGUAUGAUGAGCCAGACUGCAGCAGCUUAUGGUUGCACCAUGCUGUGCUGGCUGUAGGUUACAGCACUGAAAACAGACAUGACUACUGGCUGGUUAAGAACAGCUGGGGUCUACACUGGGGAGAAAAGGGAUACAUCAAGAUGUCCAGGAACAAACACAACCAGUGUGGCAUUGCUACUGACGCCUUCUAUCCCCUGGUCUGA